AAUGAUGAAUUGUUUGAUGAUGCAGCACGUAAAAGUUUGAAUGAAAGUGAACGUCAAAACUUACGUGAAGUGAUGGAAGCCAUAAAUAGAAGAGGUUUGGAAGAAAGUAAUUUCUGUUCAUCGUCAUUAUCAUUGGGGUCAAUUAGCCGAAGUAGCAGUGUACGACGAUCUGCUAGUAAUGGACGAGAUGCACCGAUAUCACAGGGCAUGCAACAGGAUUUGUUACAAAUUCGAAACAAUCUUAUUGCUAGCGAAUGGGAACGACGAAUGAAAGGUUUAAAGGAAUUUUCGGAAAUAGUAAUGAGGAAUGAUCGAGUUGCAAUAUCGGAUACAAAAGUUUUAGGAGCAUUUGUUGCUCGUACAUCAGAUAUCAAUUUUAAAGUAUCAGUUGAAGCAAUGGAAACACUUAUCACCAUUCUUCCAAAGCUUUCACUGCAUUUUUCAAAUGGAACAUCAUUGAAAGCAGUGCUAUAUCAACUGGUCAAUUCAUUGAUGUCACAUUUGGCUAGUCGUAGCGAAGGUCAUCGACAGCAUGCUAAAUUGUGUUUUGAAGAAAUUAUCAAAUAUAUUGAAAAUUUGGCUCUUUUGGCACCAUUUGCAGCUGCAACAAAGCAAGCUAAUGUGAAGCAAAAACCAUUUAUGCUACAUACACUUAGUAAAUUAAUGGAAUCGGUAUAUUCGAUUAAGCCACGACAAGCCGAAGCAGCAUGUCUUCCGGUUCUUUGGGAAUUGCUAAAAAUACCACCACGAAGUUGCAGUGAUCCAGAAGUUCGAGAUGCUAUUCGUCAUUAUGCUGUUACAGUAGCACGAUGUGUUGGCAUUAAAACACUUCUAGAAUUAUCCACAUUUCGGAUUAGCCUAAAUCAGAAAAAAACUUUGCAGGAAUUAAUUUCCUGA